AUGGAAACUUUUUUAGCAGAUGCAGUUUGUAGUGUUUUAUCAUUAACUCUUAAUGAGCUCUUUGUUUUAAGCCAUGGUAAGCAUUUUCGGUCAAAUCCCAGGAUAUUCAAAGAAAAGGGUACAAACAAACCAGGCGCCAAAUUAAGUGCAGAGUUUUUAAAUAGUAAUUUACCUGCCACAACACUUGACGAAAUUAAAAUUAAUAAUGAAAUAAGGAAGCUUAUCGAAAUAUAUACAAGGACCAUCGAAGAGUUGCAAAAUGCAGGGACCAUUCAAUCAUUGCUUACAACUAUUAAUCAGCAGAUUACAAAAAACGCAUAUGAGAAAGAAAUCAUUAAGGAAUGUAGUUCAAGUUCAUCAGUCUUAAAAAAUCUUAAGACUCGGCUUGAAGAAUUUAGGUUCGAAGCAGAAGAAAAACUUUUAAAAGCAAGCGAUUUUUUAAAUAAUUUAAAAUCCGACUGGCGCAUCAUAAGUAAAGUUAAUACACUGGAAUAUGAAUUGGUAUGCAAAUGGGAACAGACGCGAUUCACUCAAGCUAUGAUUGUUGGAGAGAAGGAAGAAAAACGCCUUGAAAAGAGUUUCGCAACACUUGCUUUGAAAAAAGAAAACGAACAACGUGUCAUUUUAGAUUUUGAGGCAUUUUCUACAACGCAGUUAAAUAAAUACCGUGAAUUAAUUGAAGUGUGGAAGAACAGAUAUUCCAAGGAACUCUCUGAACUCUUGCUUAGUAUUGGAGAAAAAGAAUUGAAGAUUAAGGAAUUAAAUAAAAGAUAUAACAAUCAUUUCGAAAUCUAUUGCCAGAGAAAAAUGUUUAUUUUAGAAUAUUUGGAGCAGAAGAUUGAGCAGGAUCGCUUGCAUCAGCUACAAACACAACGCAUAGAGUCAGCGGUGAAGAUCCAAGCAUGGUGGAGAGGAUUAAUGGUUCGCCGAUGUCUUGGCCCCUAUAAGAAGAAAACUAAAAAAGGAAAGAAAGGGAAGAAGGGAAAGUAAACAUCUUUUUAAAAUUAAUUUGGUAUAUUAAUGUUUAACAUUAUUUGUUCGUCCUUUUUUGUAAAUAAAACGAAAAAAGUUCAACGUUAGUACUUAUUAUCGUGAGUUUAUCUGACUGUGGGUGUGAGUGGAUUUCAA